AUGCGUUCUGUACUGUGCCGGUCGCUCUCGGCCAUGGCUCCAGCAUGGUGCUGGGCGCCAUCCGCUAUGAUCCAGCCCUUGUCGCAGCGGCUUUACUCUACGACGACGACUACACAUGGCGCACACCACAUCCAAACCCGGAUACCGUCAUUGAAGCCAGAGCCCAAGAAGGGACACCGGUUCCGCGAGUUUGAUCUUGACGAGCGUGUCUUUGCUGUCACUGGUGGCGGACGAGGACUCGGGUUGGCGAUGGCUGAAGCCCUGAUGGAGGCUGGUGCUAAAGUGUACUGUUUGGAUCGUCUCGAAAAGCCUCAUCCGGACUUUAUAGCCGCUCAAGAGCACGCUGAGAAGAACUACGGUGGCAGCCUGGAGUACUACCGUAUCGAUGUUCGAGAUGAAUCCUCGGUCAACGAGCUCUUUGCGGAAAUCGCCGGGAAAAACCAGCGACUGGACGGUAUGAUUGCCGCCGCCGGAAUCAACCACCUGCAGAGCGCCCUGGAACACUCCCAGGUGGCUCUGAACGAAGUCAUGCAAAUCAACUACAACGGAGUGUUCAACUCCGCCACUGCUGCUGCGCGGCAGAUGUUCAAUUAUCAGCAGAAGGGCUCAAUUCUGCUCAUCGCCAGCAUGAGCGGCCUGAUUGCCAACAAGGGAAUGACCUCCCCUGUCUACAAUUCAUCCAAGGCAGCUGUCAUCCAGCUGUCCCGGUCUCUUGCGAUGGAAUGGGGUCGACAUGGCAUCCGCGUGAACAGCCUGUGUCCCGGCCACAUUAUCACCCCGAUGGUGGAAGAGGUGUUUCAGCAGAACCCUGCAUCCCGGGCCGUCUGGGAAGCAGAGAACAUGCUUGGACGACUGGCCUACCCGGAGGAGUUCCGGGGAGCCGCUCUCUUCGCUCUAAGUGAUGCGAGCAGCUUCAUGACCGGCAGCACCAUGCUGAUUGACGGAGGCCACACCGCAUGGUAA